AUGGACUGGGAUACAAGAAUCAAGGCCUACAAGCUCGUCUCGUACGCGGCCGUCUCGUUCUCCCUGCUCGCCGUGAUGACCGUGUUCGUCUCCGUGCCGCUCCUCUACACCCAUGUGUACGCCACCCGCGACAUGAUGCAGGAGGAGAUGGCGUUCUGCCAGGGAUCAUCUACGGAUCUCUGGGAGGAGAUCUCGGUGUUGCGCGUGAUUCCGGCCAAUCGCACGCGUCGCCAAGCCGUCUACCCAGCCAGUUCGUCGGGUUGUGAGGGCUGUUGCUUGCCUGGGCAGCCUGGACCUCCUGGGCAAUCUGGCAAGCCCGGCCGUGCCGGAAAGGCUGGCGCCCCCGGACUGCCCGGAAGCCCCGGAAAACCUCCGCAACAACCCUGCGAGGCCGUCACACCGCCCCCAUGCAAGCCAUGCCCACAGGGCCCACCUGGCCAACAGGGCCCGCAGGGUCAACCCGGCGAAUCUGGGCCCGAUGGAGCCCCGGGCAGACCUGGAAAUGAUGCAGCCCCCGGAGAACCCGGUCCUAAAGGGCCGCCCGGACCACCUGGAGAACCCGGACCGCAGGGAGCCCCUGGAGAGCCUGGAACCCCAGCACCAAAUGAGCCGCUCAGCCCCGGAGAGCCCGGAGCCGCCGGUGAAGCCGGUCCGCAGGGCCCCGCUGGACCGCCCGGAAAAUCUGGAGUCGAUGGAGCCCCCGGCGCCCCUGGACCCAAGGGACCCAACGGGCCAGACGGCCCACCCGGCGAGGAUGGAGCGCCCGGAGAACCUGGAUCCGCCGGCGCUUCCGGUGGUGCCGGCGAGAAAGGCAUCUGCCCCAAGUACUGCGCCCUGGACGGCGGUAUCUUCUUCGAGGACGGUUCAAGGCGC